GCAACGGCAACGGCAAACAGCAUAGGCAGCAAAGUGAGGCCAUAGCCCAUAGCCACAUCACCGACGCAGUAUCGCCGCACAGUUAUAGCAUACGACCACGUCAAUACGAGCGCACAAAUGCCAACACCAUCAGCACAUACACACAUACGACCACAAGCCACUUAGUAGCUGCUGCUGCUGUAGCUGCUGCUGCUGCUGCUCUAUUCCCAACAACAAGUUGGCCCAAAAGCAAACCCCAGAGACAGAGGCAAGAGCCAAGAGCCGCAAGAGACUAAAUCCAACGAACGCGCAACCCUCUCCAGACCAGACCAGACGAGACCAGAACCAGACCAACGCUCAAGCUCUGUGCUGGCCGCUCUCUGUUUUGGCCAAAUGUCAAACCGGCCGUAAAAGGAGUCUAGUCCCAGUCCCACCUCUCUGGUCAUCUCUUUUGCACGCUCUCUGCCGCUUCUUUGCGUUCGAGAGAGACGGCAAUAGCAGCGCAAUUGGCUUUUUGCUUUUGCUGCUGCGCAGUUAAGGAAUAAGCGGUAAACCAAAACCCGAGUGCAGAGUGCACAGAAAAGGAAGGAAAAUAAAUACAAAUUUAUUGCAAUUGAAAUGGCAGCCAUGGCAGCAGCGACAGUCAAUAACCAAAAAGGGCCAAAAUCGCGACGCAAUGAGCGCAACAUUUUGACCUUCUACGAGAAGAUCGCCGUCAUACGCUACUACGAUGAGACAAACAUUUCCAGGAACAGUCUGGCCAAGAUGUUCCAUUGCUGUGCCACGCAGAUACGUCGCAUCCUGGACAAGAAGCAGGAGCUGCUGCAGCAAUUGGCCACGCUUAGCGAGGCGGAUGCCUCCACCAUCAUCGAGGAGAUGACGCGAAAGCGUCGCAAGUUCGAGAUGAGCGCCAUCAGCUUUCUGCUCCACGAGUGGGUCAAGCGCUGCCGCCAGCUGCGCCUAAGCAUCAGUAUACGCAACCAGAAGCUAAAAGAAACGUCCAUGAAGAUGGCAGCCGUGCUGAAUUUGCCCAGCUUUCGGCCCUCCUAUCGCUGGCUGAACCGGUUCCGCGGCAAGUACAAGUACGAGGCGGACGACCUGGGCUAUCAGGGAGGCGACAGUGUGACCCAGGAGCUGCCUGUCGAGGAGAUUAUUGUGGAGUUUAAGCAUGCGCUGCCCAAUUUCAUGCAAAGGGAGCUGCAGGAUACCGAUGGGGAUGCCGGCAAGGACUUGGUCAACCUAUCGAGUGAGAACAGCCUGAUGUCCGACACUGGGCCAGAGCGCUUCGAUGAGGACGAUGUGGAGGAGGUCACCUGUGAGCCCAGCGUAUUGCUCUCUCCGGCUGCCUCGCCCGAUGUCACGGAUCAGGACACACCAGAGGAGGAUCCUUCGGACAGCAUGCAAAUUAAUGCCGGCACCAGCACUCUACUCAACGGUGUUUUCCCCCACCUGGCCAUCAUACACCAGUUUGCUCUGAUGAACUCUGACAUACAGGCCCUGGAGCUGAUCUCACAGCUGGGCGUGCACAUGCAGCAGCAGGCCACAAACGGUGCCUAUCGCACAUUUUCGCUGGCCACAGGCGGCGCUGAAGGAGGCUCUGAGGAGGGGUUCAACUCCAUGCCGGAGCUGCCGCCGGGCAGCAUCUACGCGGACAUUGACGACAUAGAGUUGAUCGAAUAGGAAUACCAAAACUAAUCUUAAAUCUACAUUAAAGCCACGCUUCUGUUAGCCUAAGAGUCCAGCCAUGAAACAAAUACAAUUACUUAUAUAGAUUU